ACUGCUCAUCGCUGUGUACACAGCUUCACCAUCAUCAUCUCCUAGGUUUUCCCUUAUUUUAUUCUUCUUUCUUUGCAAAUUUCUUUAUUGCGAAUGUGAGCGCUCCACGGACGUCAAUUAUUCUCUCAGACAUUACUUGAAGCUUGCUUCUUACCUGAAUAGCCAUGGCGUCUCCACUGGGAGCCGGCAAUAUUGUGGUUUCUGUCAUCUUUCCCCUUGCCGCCAUUGUUUUCCUAGCGCUUAGACUUCGAUCUCGGCAUACUAACGUUCGGAGCUGGUUCAUUGAUGACUAUAUGAUCGUUAUAGCACUAUUGUCUUUGGUUAGCUAUGCGGUUAUCACUAUAUUAGCUGUGGCGAUAUACUCAUUAGGCACCUCUUCCCUAUUUAUCUCGUUCGAUGAUCUCGUGGGCAUAUUAAAGCUUGAGUAUGCCGAUGAACUAGUUAUGAUAGUAUUAUCUACAUUCACAAUGCUAUCUAUUGUGUAUCUUUAUCGCCGCGUACUGCCUCCGUACAGGAAGAGCGUACCCACGACAACCCUUCUGGUCCUCGUGUACGCAUGGGGUGUAGCUUAUUUGGCAACAAGUCUGUUCAGUUGCAUCCCCAUCAGCAAGCGUUGGAAUCCCCUCAACGGAGGCUAUUGCUAUUCUACCAACCAAGUGAAUGAGGCCUUCGAUAUCUCAGAUCUCGUCAUAAACAUCAUUAUACUUGUCCGACCAAUAACGCGAAUGAGAGAGUUUCGAAGCUUUACUGCACGGAUGAAAGGAUUGAUUGGAGGCAUUAUAUCACUGGGUAUCAUAAUUAUCAUCAUUAUAAUUAUUCGGAUAGCUAUGAGUAGCUAUUCCAGUGGUAGCGUAGAUAUAUCAUAUGACCUAGCAAAGCUCAGUCUCCUAGCCCAGUUAGAAGCUAGCCUUUUCGUCAUUUACGCCUGCCUCCUAAGCCUGGUCUCUUCGCAUCCCGUCAACUCUGUCGAGGAAAUACAAGAGGCGGGACCAUAUGAGAAACCCGAGUUGGCUGCAGAAGAUAUUCCACGGCAGAUUCGAGAGCUCGAUAGUACAAAUAUUGUAGAACUGCCGGUUCCGACUCCGGAAUUAAUGGGAACUAUACAGUACCAUCAACUUCAGGAUACGAGCGCGACUGGCUCACGAGAACGGGUUUAAUCUAACAAUCGGAUCGUAUUAUGGCCGAACAGAGCUAGAAUAUAUGUUUUUCUUAAUUCUCUGACAUUAUUCAGUGUGGUACCUCGACUCUGCCUUCGCAAGCAUAUGAAAACAGUACCUAUAAAAAAUGACUCGAUCUUCGAGAGGUCCUCUGCCGGCGCUGCUUUGGAAGCAUUAGGAUCUACCAAUAAUAAUUUCCUGUCCCUGG